AUGGCAUUUGUAGAAGAUAUCGCUCCCAUAGCCUCAGCUGCCUGUCUCAUGCGCGAGUUCAACGCUAAGAAUCUAAUGGGCUUUUCAAAACUGACUCAAGCGUCGAAAAGGGCAGAUGUUUGCUUCAUCUGUCCCCCACACUAUGUAAAGUCUCAAUCCAUCAAGUGCCCCAACAACGGAGCUCGCGCCUUCGGCAGUAUUCACCCAGCCACCUACAAUCACGACCCAGCUGCAGCGCUCGUUCGGCCUGCGCGAGAUUUGCGGAAUUUGCUUGAGCCGCCACCGACACGAUGUUCUGCAAAUGCCGUUCCGCCACUUUAUGGAUCGGCUCCAAAGCACGAUGCACCAGAGAUGAUUCAGGUCGGAUUUACAACCCAGCCGAAGUCGCCAUCUGCAUCGAGUGGCAGCGGCCCUUUGGUUGUCGUAUGA